GCCGCCUGUCUGCCCUGGCUACCAUUUCCCCUUUCCGGCCUAUGAAAAACAGACAGCCCUCUCCUGCCAAAUAAGGCAAACGGCACCAGGAAGUGACUCGCCAGUGCCUUUUGCUGAUUGGCUGAACGCCCAGCUGGUCAACUAUGCUAUUUCCCACAAUAACACCUCGUGGCUGUGUCCACUCAGUAAAGCGAGGCUGAGCACCUCUUCUGCUUGAUAAACUUAUCAUUAGCACUGGGAAACAAUUUGGAACAUGGAGUACAAAUUCAUCAAGCUCCUGCUCCUUUUGGGCAUCUCCAGUUUGAGCAGGGGCGCAAUCCAGCGACCAGAUUACGACGACACAGCCACCCCAGAGUUCCUUAACCCGUCCUGGAUGGCAAGCAUCCCUGACGAGCGGCCCCUGUCCGAGCUCACCAUGCCCGGCACCCAUAACACCAUGGCGCUUUACGGCGGCGUCUAUGCCGAGUGCCAAACGUGGAGCCUGGAUUUGCAGUUGCGCGCCGGCGUCCGCUUCCUGGACGUGCGCGUGCGCCACGUGGAUGGCAACCUCACCAUUCACCACGGGGUGGUGUACCAGCAUGCCCACUUCGGCCAGGUGCUGGAGGGCGUGCAAGAAUUCCUGGCCAGUUUCCCGAGCGAGACGGUGCUGAUGCGCAUCAAGGAAGAGCUGAGCGACACCGAUAACAUCUACGGGGCCGUGGUGGAGCACAUAUGGCGCUACGUCCGAUGGGACAUGCUGUGGCACAGCCGCCUGGUGCCCACCAUGGGUCAGGCGCGAGGUAAGCUCAUCAUCCUGCAGGACUUCUUUGGGCCAGACUUGGGGAUGCGCUACGCCUCUAUGGACAUUGCUGAUGACUGGAAGGUCCCCACACUUCUGCACGUGAAGGAGAAGUGGCAGAGUGUCUACGAGCACCUUGAGAUGGCGCCCACGGGGAAUAAGGACCAGAUCUUCCUCACCUACAGCAGCGGCACGGGCGUCUUUGCCGCCCCGAGAGCGGUGGCACAACGUGUCAAUCUUCAGCUGUACGACUACUUGAGGGCCAAGGCUAAUCUGACCCAACGCUUUGGUAUCAUAUGCAUGGACUUCCCCGCUGCUCCCAUGAUUCAAACAAUUAUUGACUUCCAGCUUGAGGCGGACGUGGGCCAGCUACCUUUGAAGCGGCUUGCUGUGCAAUUUAAUGACAAAUAAAUCCUCAGCGCAACUGAUUCCUAUUCCUAACAACGGUUGGUGCUUCAACAAGUUAAAUAGUACAGUGAUCAUUGUAGAUUUAACUCAAACAGCUCACUUUUUAGGUCGACUCAUCAUUGUCUUUCAUAUUUAAAAUAACAAAACAUGCAUAUUCCAAAUUCUAUUUGCCAAUAAAGCCAAACUCAAAUGCA